GUCCGACACUCCGCCUCCGACUCCUUUUCUCCGGCGCUACAAUACGUUUCACAAAAUUAUGUGAAACGCGACCUUUUUUUUUUUUUUUGGGUGUGGCAGUCAUACGCUUCCGUACAAAAUUGAGCAAGUUACAUUGCCUUUCACUAAAGUGACGACCUUCCCAACAUGGCUGCUACGUAGGAAAAUGGUGGGCUAGCAGAGGAAGUGGAUGAGAAAGUUUUACAUGCUGCUUUUAUCCCUUUCGGAGACAUCACAGAUAUCCAAAUACCAUUAGACUAUGAGACAGAAAAACACAGAGGCUUCGCAUUUGUUGAGUUUGAGUUGGCAGAGUUCCAUAAUUCAACUAAUGCAACAGUUGGUGAAUGCUUGCACUUACAGUCACAAGAAGCGUUUUAUUGUGUCCCACUUUGUUCACGUUUCACAGGAUGCUGCAGCAGCUAUUGAUAACAUGAAUGAAUCUGAGCUUUUCGGUCGGACAGUCCGUGUCAAUAUCGCCAAGCCGAUGAGAAUCAAAGAGGGAUCCUCUCGACCAGUGUGGUCGGAUGAUGACUGGUUGAAGAAGUUCUCAGGAAAGACUUUAGAAGAAGCUGAGGUGGAAGCGGCGGGAGAAACCGGCAAUACUGCUGCACAAGAGGCUGAGCCCCCUGCUAAAAAGGGCAGGAUUAAUCCACAGGUCUACAUGGAAAUCAAGAUCGGCAACAAGCCUGCAGGGAGGCUUCGCUUCCUCCUUCGGGCUGACAUUGUUCCCAUGACAGCAGAAAAUUUUCGCUGUCUGUGCACCCACGAAAAAGGGUUUGGCUACAAAGGGAGCAGCUUUCACCGCAUCAUUCCCCAGUUCAUGUGCCAAGGAGGCGACUUCACCAACCACAACGGCACUGGUGGCAAGUCCAUAUAUGGCCGGAAAUUCGACGACGAAAACUUUGUCCUCAAACACACUGCUCCAGGACAGCUCUCCAUGGCCAAUUCUGGGACCAACACGAACGGCUCUCAGUUCUUCAUCACCACUGACAAAACAGACUGGCUGGAUGGAAAACAUGUGGUCUUCGGAGAGUUGCUGGAGGGGAUGGAUGUGCUUCGUGAAAUGGAGGCGCAGGGGACCAAAGAUGGCAAGACAAAGCAGAAAGUGAUCAUCUCAGACUGUGGAGAGUGUGUGUAAACCAAACAGAACUUUGUGCACCUGUUUGAACUUGUGUGUGAAUGGUUUGCGUCCUUUACUUCUUGAGCCCAGAGCUCUCUCCAUGUAAAUAUUUUAGUAAACAUUUUUUUAAAUAAAGAAGUCGCAACA